AUGACCAGUCGCCACUGUGUGUUCGCAGAGAGAAGGAAGACACAACCACCUCCCGUUGACAACCACAUCAUCCCAGAUGAGCUGCUGGUCAGCCUCACCUCCACGGUCUGCAGCAGGAGCACGCCGCACAAUCGCCACUGCAAGGGCUGUGGAAUCAGACGACCAGAUGCAGUCUGGCAUCACCCGCUGGGACGCAAGAAAUACAAAUUCUUUCUGGAACAGCCAACAUCACUCACUGGAGCCGGCAGGGAUAUUUCCUUCCUGUGUGAUGCUAUGGUAGCCCAUAGGAAGACAACACCCCUGCCACCCCUGACAGAGAGGAGUGCCAAUGGAGACACACAGAAUUACAGUGUCUCAGAAAGUGUGAUCCCAGAAGAAUAUCACAUUGUGAAAAACAAAGGGCUUCGGAGCCUGGAGUUCUUUGAGGAUGCGUUCACAGUACAGCUGCAGGAUGAUGAGCAGAAGCUGCGGGUCUUCCCUUCGCUGAGGCCCAGCGGCAGACUGGAAGUGGUCCAGCUGACGCGGAUGAUGGAUGACAUGCUGGAGAAGGCAGGAGUGGAUCAGCAGAGUGAGGAGCUGACAGAGCUCUCACAGAUGGAGGGUUUGCUGGAGCUGGUGCAGGUUGAGCAGAACAUCUACAACAUUGUUUUCCAUGAACUGAUAAGGCAGGUCAGCGUGGGCUGUGCUGAGAGAGGACAGCUGCUAGCAAAACUCAGACAGCGCUACCAGAUGCUGCUCCAGCGAAUCCCCAGUCGUCUGAAGGCUCUGCACACUGAAGCCGUGGCACAGCGGGCUCUGGACCGCCGGCUCACUGAAGAAAUCCACCGCAUCAAGAGAUCCAUCGAGCAGCUCAACGCCGAACUGUCUAGAAUCAGAGACCAUGAUGACUCCGUUUCCCAGAAGGCAGAGUGUGCUCACCAACAGCUGGCUGGAGCGCUUGAGCAGACUAAUAUCAACUCAGAUGUGGUCCAGGGUUACCAUGAGCUGUACGACCUGCAGAGGGGUCGCCAGGAGGCUCAGCUGCUCCAGAUGACGGAGGAGAGGGACUGCUGGAGCCAGAUCACAUUCUGCCUGGCCCUCAAGGUGAUCAGUGUGAAGAAGCUGCAGCUGAUCAGUCGGCUGCAUAUCAUGGAGCAGAGCUGGUUUAAGACGGCAGAGCACUGCAGCCUCAACAUUGCUUUGAAGGACACAGAGGACAUGAAUGCCAUCAUGAAGCUCAGUGACUACUGGAAAGAGCAACUCACUGUGUUUAUGUCCCAGCUGAAGAAAACUGAGCAUGCUCAGUGUGAACAGAUCAGUGCCAUCCAGCAAGGCAUUGCUAAGUGUCUGGACUUCUGCGCCACAAAGAACAAGUUCCCUGACCUGCAAUAUGAAAAAGCUUCAUUGGAAAAGAUUCAUGCUGAUGUGAAGCAGUGGGCAAUUCUGUUGUCUCUCCAGUGUGACUGCUACCAAGGUGAGAAGUUGCUCUGCUGCCAGCAGACACUGGGAGAGCUUGGCAGUGUGCAGGAAAGAUGGCUGACUAUGAGCCUUGAGCUGCUCAGAAGACACCUUUCUCCUGAUGGAGAACCCAGUGAAGGCCAACAGGCCCUAAGAGAGCUUGACAGGGUCCUGUCAGAGCUCCUCAAACAGCUGGGAAGUCGAGUCAGUGGAGAGAGUGGGAUCCACGGACAGAUGAUGUCACUGCUCGGGUUUAUGGAGUCCCGGAUUUCCAAACUCGGUGUCCUGAUUGGCCGGUCAGAAAUGAUGUCUGCCUCUGAUUGGCAGAAGCUGGAAAGUUCACUGCGAAGUUGGCAGAGUUUGACAAAAAAAAUAUUUCAAAACGUCCUCAGUAUACAGACAGAGAACGAAAAGGACAAAAACGAGCCGGACAUAUACACAGAGACAGACAAUGUUUCAGACAAAGUAAAGGAGUUCAUAAUCAGCGUGUCCAACUUCGCUGAUGCUGAGAACCACAGAAUCAGUGAAGAGGUUCAUUCUAUUCACAUGGCUCAGGCCCGCUGGAUGUUGGAUUUCAUGCUCCUCAUGGUACCUGACCACAGCGAGGACCACAGCCAAGAACAGGAACAUCAUUACAUUACAACCAUCUCACUACAGACACUGGUAGAGGAUGCCAAGACGCUGGCUGAGAAACUAGACGUUUCUUCUGCAUAUAUCAGCAGCUCCUGCAAGCUGAUUCUUGAGGAACAGACUCUGCAGAACCCACAUAGAGUUGACGGUGACAAUGAGAUGAGCGAGUGCAGAAAGCUACAGACUACUCUGUACUCUGUGAGACAUGUACCUUUGAAGCGCUUCAAAUAA